GUCAGAGUUACAAAAUGGCGACUAAAGUUAUUUGCAGGUGCUUGUCAAAAGUGUAUUGAUGGAUAUAUGAGUGGAGAAGACCUCAGCUAAAGGGAUGUUGAUAAAGUAAUAUGGAUAAGAACAAACCCCCAUCAGUGGAAGAAGUCCGACAAAGGCGACUGGCAUACUUCCAGAACACAUCCCACGAACCUGACCCUGCUGCUGGUCAGCAUUCAGACAAACAACAGAAACAUGGACCAAGUGGUAAAAGUCACAACAAAACUGGAUCAGAGGGUUUCAAUAACUUGGGACAACAUGAUUCUCUCACUAAGCAGGCUGCUGUGCCAAAUACACGAUCUACGAAGGGUGUCAGGACCCUUAGAGCAGGACAGGAGGGUUCAAAUGUGUUGGGACAACGUGAUACUCAUACUGAGCAGGCUCCUGUGCCAAAUACAAGAUCAGCGAAGGGCGUCAAGACCAGUGUCAGACAGGAUGGUGGAAAUGAGCAGCGUGGGAGAAAGUUCUCCGGUACAAGAGCAGUGCAAGUAGCUUCAGGUGCUCCAGAAGAUGACCUGUUAUCCAAGGACUGGAAUUCUCAUGUGGAACAUCUAUUUCGGAAAGGGCAUCAGAAAAGCCAGGAAACAAAGAUAUUGUCCAGAGGUGAUUCUCAGGAGCUGUUGCGGGAAUCCCAAGAUCUCGAUGCUGUGUCUAUGUUUAGGAGUGAAGUGGACUGCCAGGAUCUGGGUCUUUCUACACACAGGCCUGACUCUGACAGGAACCAGAACAACAAUGCAGAUUUGAUGGAAAGCAGUCUUUCCGAGGAAAUGAAAAAUUUGUUAGGAGCGAGCAAGUAUCAAGAAUUUGUUGAAAAAUCUGUAAAAGAUAUUAAUGAGCUUUAUCAGAACAAGACAACCGAGACAUCACCGCAUCUGAUCAAAUCCUUAAUAGAACAAAGAGAUGUGGAGCAAGAGAAGGGAGAGGCAGGUCAUGUCCGAACUGAGACCGAAGGACAUAUGAAUAACCAGGUUCAGUCUCGCUCACCAAGACAUAGGCUUAACAGGCCUAGAAAGGAGCCCGUCCACAUUCAGAAUCUUGUUGCCAAAACAAAACAAGAUUUGGAACUUGAAGGAUCAGAAUCUCUUCCUGCCAGUGCGAAAAACUAUGAACAGAUAACGGUUGCUCCAAAAGUGACAUUUUCAGCAGAUGAAAUAUACCGCCAGGCUUAUGGUUCUUCUGGAACUCAGUUACAGCGAGGAAUGCCGGUUCAAACUAUGUCAUACAACCAGGCGAUGCCGUUCCAUCCAGCCAUGAUGAUGAACAUGCCGUCGGGGAGUUUCCAAGCACCAUCAGUGGGGUUUCAAUCACCUCAAGGGCCUUUUCAGCCACCCAAUUGCAGUUUCCAGCCACCCCAUGGACAUUUCCCACCUGACUUCACGCAGCCUCCUCCAGGAAUGCAUGCACAACCAAACCCAGGAAUGGUUGCACAACCAAACCCAGGAAUGCAUGCACAGACAGUCCCAGGAAUGCAUGCACAGACAGUCCCAGGAAUGCAUGCACAUACAUCCCCAGGAAUGCAUGGUCACCCUCAAGGGCCUUACAUGUAUGGUGGACAGCCGGACAUGUUCACCCCCCGAACCCCGCCCACGCCCACCUCCCCUCACCCUAUGUUCUAUCAGCCUUACAUGGCUGAUCCCGGGUUCCAUGGUGGCUACCAAGGCUUUUCUAACAUGUACCAACAGCAAGCAUUCUCCCCUCCAGCUUAUAAUACCCAGUACACCAACUAUGCCCCUCCUGUCCAUGUUCCCCAUCCCCCUCCCCAACCCCCAGCAGGCACUGCUCAGCAGCCCCCAGGAGUGUACUACACACCACAGGCUGUCCCCACGGUGCCACACCAGCCCCACCCUCCCAUGUCACCGCCUGCUGAGGUAGUGACGCCAGAACCAGAAGGUACCGACACAGACCCAGAACGCAGGAAAGAUAAAUCUUCUAAGAACGUCGAGCGGGCUAAAGCUCGAGACAAGGACAAGGUACAACGCAAGAAGGUUGAAGAUGAAAGAGAAGAGGGAGUUCCUACUCCAGAUAGACAUAUAGAAGCCAUCAGGAUACACCAUGAACAAAGACGCCAGAUGCAAGAAGACAAAAUGAAUGAAGUGUUUCACAUGGAGAAACAGAAGAAGUUUGCCCAGGCAUCUUUAGACAGGUAUUUCUCUUCUUUGGAAAACUUAUACAGGGGACCCACCUCCCCUCAAGGCAGUCUCCAAAAGACUGAAGAGGAUGCUGAGGAAACCCCAGAAGAUGAACCUGAAGAUCGAGAAGUAGCUGAUGAUGCUGGGGAUGAAGAUGCAGUUGACGAAGAUGCCUUCACCAGCGUUACCGCCACAAGUAUCAAGGCAGGUGGAAUCACGGACAGGCUUGAAAGGCUUGGGAUAGACGUUAGUCAGAUCAAGUCCAAGGAUGCUGCUAAAGAAGGUGACGAGGAUGACAGGCAGAAGAAGCGUAAGAAGGUGAAGGUCUGUCCUGGAUGUGCCUCAUGGAACAAGGAAUACAUGUCCUGGUGUGCUGACUGUGGGGAAAUACUGAUCGGGGUGGAGGCCAUUGUAGCAAGGAGGAAGGAGAGAAGGAAGGAAAAUGCAGACAGGAAGGAGAAAGUGGAGGUUAAGCCUGAAAACUCAACUGAGCAAGCAGGGUCUGUGGUGUCUACACGAAAAAGCAUUUCCAUUUCACCCGAGAUCCUCUCCUAUCGACACGACUCCGACAUGAAAGUCAGUGUGACAAAGCCAUCCCCGAUGGACAGUCACGUGAAACAGCUAGAGCGAGCCAAGCAAGAUCUGGCAAUACCAAGCACAGGUACAAGUGCUCCUGGUAGUUAUAUCCGAUCUCCUCAGGAAAUUAAUGAUCUUUGUGAGGUUAUCAACGAUCCAGUAAUCAGAGGCUUCAUCAAGAACUAUUUUAGUAGAAAGGCCAAAGCUGAUGAUGAUGUUGAUGCAGAAACAGAUGAGAAAGAACAAGAGGCUGAUGAAGUAACACCCAAGGCUGAUGUUGACAAUGAUCUCUCGGAUGGUGAGGUUAUUCUUAACCUCCAAUCAUCAGAAAACUUUGAAUCUUCACCAGCCAAUCAUCAAAGGGUCAGAGGCAAGAAAUACCCAAGCCAUGGUGAUAUUGAUGUCGAGAUUUUUGGCAUCGAAGACAGCCGAGAGAGUCGAACGUCCAGCCGCAAUGCCCCCGUCGUUCCUUGCCUCGAUCUCCAUGACAGCAGUGAUGAUGAAGAGGUCAUCAAAGCAAGGAGGUUAGCAAUGAAAACUCAGCCAGUCAGUUUCUCCAUAGACACAGAUGACUGGUCUUCUGUGAAUGAAUCACAGCAACUCAAUCCUGCUGAAGAGAGUCCAGACCUUCCUCAAGAAGUUCCUCCAGAAGAAGACGAUUUUGAGACCCCAAGGGCAGAUAACUCAGAUGAAGGAAAUCCUUCACAAGACCCCAGUUUUCUUGCCCAUAUCCUUGCCAUGAGGAGCAAUUCCAGCAGGCCAGAAUGCCAGCGCCCUCGAAGUGCUGAUCUUGAAAAGAAGAGAAUGACUAGGAGUAUUGUGAGAGAGUCUAUUGAAGCUGAGCCGUAUCAGCGGCACUGGGAGAAGUCCAGUAUAGCAUGGUCCUCCUCACCCCGGGAGCUGAGCACGAGGUCGUCGAUGAAGAACUUCAUGAUGCAGGACCCUCGAGUGAAGUGUUCCACCAAGAAGGAGAACAUGGUGGCAGCAGACUCACAAAGACCUGAGGGAAGGGGUGUCAUGCAGACACACAAGAAGUCAAGACCAGCAAGUGCAGACCUGUAUCGAAGGAAAGUGCAGUCCAGCGUGAGACCAACAAGUGCCCAGGUGAGAGGAAACCACCAGCCCCGGGUCAGGGAUACUGACCCCCCUAACCUCAGCCCGUCCCAGACCAGCGUCAUCGCCCACAGACUGCCCCAGGAGGAUCCCCAGCCCCCCAUGGCCAGGACACUGCAGGGUCCCUCCGCUGCCAUCACAGCCUACAACAUGUACAUGGAGAUGACUCCACGUAUAGAAGAGGGGGAAUUUUCCAAGUGGCAGUGUCUGCCGGACGAGAUCUGGCUCUACAUCUUCUCCUUCCUACCGCACAGUGACUUGGCGCGGGUGGCGCUUGCCUGCAAACAGUUCUGUCGCAUGUCCGUGGAUGACAGCCUCUGGAAGCACAUCACAGUGAAGAAGAACCAUGCUAUAUGUGAUCAGUGGCUGGCCCAGAUUGCCAAGAGGCACCCAGUCUCACUGGCACUCAUCCAGUGUCAUGGUGACAGCGUCACAGCUAAAGGCCUCCGAGAGCUCUUCAGGGAGUGUAUAGACGAUCUGAAGGAGCUGAACUUCAGCCGGUGCAGCCGUGGAGGCCUGACCGGUGACAGCAUCCUGCUACAUGCCUCGGCGCGGUGUCGUCACCUGACACACGUCGACGCUAGCUGGUGUCAUGUCACCGAUAAUGGCCUCACAGCUCUGUCAGAGAGUGCUCACAGGCUGCAGUCGCUGUGUCUCAACGGCUGCCAGAUGCUGUCUGACGAAGGUGUGGAGACAGUCAUCAAGAAGCAUGGAUCCAGCCUUCGAGUUUUGGAGCUGUUCGGCUGCUUCAACCUGACUCCACGAUGCAUCCGCUGCAUUGCCACCCACUGCACCAACCUCCUCACCAUCAACCUUGGACAGUGCUUCCGGCUGACUGAUUCUUCCAUCACACACCUGUCUGCCAGCCUAGGCCGAGUCGAAAACCUUGACCUUCGGGGGUGUAAACAGAUCCGUGAUAACUGUAUCAGGAAGAUAGUGCGGAAUUGCCCUCGGCUGAAGACCAUCAUCAUUGCGAACUGCCCCCAUGUAUCAGACGCUGCUCUCAUUGAGAUAGCCACAUACUCCAUGGAUGUGCGGAGUCUGGACAUCUGUGGAUGUCGCAACGUGACGGAUCACAGCAUCCGGACCCUGGCCAACAACUGCCAGCGACUCACCCAGCUCGACAUCAGCUCAUCUGGAUGUUCUCAUCGCAGUGUGACGCUUCUGGCCAGCUACUGUAACCGUAACCUGGAGACGGUGAAGCUCAACUUCCUCGCUGACAUCACUGAGGCCUGCCUACAGAAGCUGGUGAAAAAACUGCAAGAAAUUAAAGACACUUCAUCUGUAUGGGUGCACCAGUGUCCGGAGUGUUGACAAACUCAUGCAGCUCUGUCCCUUCCUCCAUGUAGAAAUGUGAACAUCAGUACAACACAACAUGGGAUGGUAACUGGUGAACAGCAGGUUCAUCACAGACAUGACUGAACAUCUGAUACUGACUUCAGAAAUGUUUGUUAUCUGCUCAGCAGUGAAGUUGAUGAAUAGCUGAUGUUUACGAAUAAACAACUGAUGAAUGGCUGAUAUUAAUGGAUGAACAACUGAUGAACAGCUGCUAUUACCAGAUGAACAACUGAUGAACAGCUUGUUAAUGGAUGAACAACUGAUGAACAGCUGAUAUUAAUGGAUGAACAACUGAUGAACAGCUGAUAUUAAUGGAUGAACAACAGCUAAUUAAUGGAUGAACAACUGAUGAACAGCUGAUAUUAAUGGAUGAACAACUGAUGAACAGCUGAUAUUAACAGAUGAACAACUGAUGAACAGCUGAUAUUAACAGAUGAACAACUGAUGAACAGCUGAUAUUAAUGGAUGAAUAACUGAUGUUAACCUUGAAAUUUGAUGGUAACUGUUGUAUAGGUGAUUUAAACGUAUGAAUAACUGAUGUUAACUGAACAACUGAUGUUAACAUUGAAGUGUUGAUGUCAACUGAUGAUCAGCUGUUGUUGACAGACAGGUGCAUUGUUGAUAUUAACUGAUAAGCAGAUUAUGUUAAUUAUGACGAGCUAAUUUUAACUGAUGAACAAUGGAUGUCAGCUGUCGUCCAUGAACACCUGAGAGAUGUCUUACUUAACCAUGUGCCUUUUGGCUGUUUGAUGACCUGGGUGCCAUUGUACAAAGCGAUUUUAGCGCUAAGGUGAUCAUAAGUCCCAUACCUUAACACAGACACAACAGUCGUAAAGCUAAGGUUGCUUUGUACAACUGCACUCUGGUUAUCAAUAGCAUGUUGGAUUUAGAGAGAAUGAGACCCUUCACAUACGGAAUGGUAUUCACAGUAUUAAUUCUUGAAAGGAAACCAUACAACAGAUUAAUUUACAUUGGACAUGCAAAUGCUACUUCUAUUAUUUAUUUUUUUGUAGCAUUUAUCAAAGUUUCUGUAUUAUCUGGGAAUUCCAUUCCUGGUGUCAGUAUUAAACAUGAUUGAGCAACAUUGACAUCAUCAGGGGUACUAAGUAAUGGUUGGCUGUGAAAUACUGAACGUUUCAUAGCAGCUUUUUAAUAUUAUUUUUACAUCUUUUGCAGUAUAAACGUUAUAUAUUACCAGUAUUUCCAAUGCUCACUCUGAAUAAACAAAUUAAACAAUCAUGUCUGUAAACAUGCGAGUAUGGUCAUAUUGAAAUCAUUAGUAUUUUCCUUUUACAUCUUACUACUGAAAUAUCAAAAUCUUGAUUGUAAGAGAUUUCUCUUUUAUGCUGAACUUUCACUGAAAUUUGGUAAACUACCACAUUUAAGAAAUAUGUACAAUUUUUUUAACAUCAAUCUGAGCAAAAUAUAAUGGAAAUAUCAUUAUUAUGUCAUUAUUAUUA